UACACCAUAUCGAAGACCAGCCCAGAAAAAAAGCCAAAAAAAAGAAAUGUGUGUAAUUUUUAUUUUUAUUUGUAUAUUAUUUGUGUUGGUUUUCCCAUUUUUGGGACGUGUAAUUUUCGAAAUCCACAAAUUAUGUUCAGGCAAUUACCAGAGACUCCUCAAGCCUUUGUGACGACCGUGGAUCUCUAGAAGAAAUAUCCGGCGAAGGUACGGGCAAACCCAGCGACGACUUCUCAUCCGGAUGCUGUAUGAAUUUACAUGCCAGGGCCUGGGGUCGUCUCGGUGAAUGUAGCUGUUAGUUGCCUGUCAACUAACUGUUUUAGAACAGGCUGGAGAAGCAACACCUGUCCAGCCCUCUGCUCGCCCAGAAACGUGUUGGGAGUACCACUGUCCAUGUUUUUAGCUCGCUCUCUGCUUAAGAUGUCAAGUCACAAUCCUUUGUUGAGGCUGGAGCAGCGAGCUGCUGAGGCUGACCAGAUCAUCGAGUUCCUCAAACAGCAAAUCCAGCUGCUGAAGGAGAAAACAAUGGUUCAGGCCAGUGUCAGAGAGGAGAAGAAGCUGAUGAUCGAGAAUGCCAAACUAAAGAAUGACAUUGAGGAGCUGAAAAAACAAUUGCUGGAGAAAGAAAAAAGGAGAGGGGUGCAGGAGGUUGCCAUGCCGUCAGGUGACGCCGGGGUUUCCAUUUGCUCCAAGCCCACCCCUCCCACACCUUCAGGUCCAGCACCAUCUGCUGCUGCCUCUGCUGCCACAGUCCAGAGCCCCCCUCCAAAAGAUGAGGGCAAGAAGAAGAAGCAGGAGAAAAAAGGAGGGGAGAAAGCCGACAAAAAGCAGGCAGCGCCCAGCCAAGAGGACGCCAAGGUGGACGUGUCUCGUCUGGACCUGCGCGUCGGUCGGAUAAUCACAGCCGAGAAGCAUCCAGAUGCUGACAGUCUGUACGUGGAGCAGGUUGAUGUGGGAGAAGCUGCUCCCAGAACUGUGGUCAGCGGACUGGUCAAGCACAUACCACUAGACCAGAUGCAGAACCGCUUGGCAGUAUUGCUGUGUAACCUCAAGCCCGCUAAGAUGAGAGGAGUGGUGUCCCAGGCCAUGGUCAUGUGUGCGAGUUCUCCAGACAAGGUUGAAAUCCUCGAUCCUCCAAGUGGAGCGGCACCAGGGGACAGAGUCACUUUCCAAGGCUUCCCAGGUGAACCAGACAAGGAGCUGAACCCCAAAAAGAAAGUGUGGGAGCAGGUUCAGCCGGACCUGCACACAGACGCUCAGUGUGUCGCAACCUACAAAGGAGCUGCCUUUGAAGUAGCUGACAAGGGAGUGUGCAAAGCCCAAACUAUGAGCAACAGUGGAAUCAAAUGAAACAACAGAGCUCCUUGAAAUAGCUCUGCGUUUACUUGGCAAUCGUCUGCACUGAUGGCAAUGAUGGUGUUGAGCAACAGGAUGGUGAUGAAUGGAAGUAAAUGCUUACAAGAUGUUUAAUAAAGGGUUUGGAUUAGCA